AUGCCUGCCAUGUUAGAGGAUCCUAGCGCUCCCAUCUUCUACCGGCAGUCGGGCCCUCCACCUUAUCCCAGCGCCUUUACGCCUCUUCCUCCGGAGAUUGUACCGUACCAGGUUACCUUGCGCGAUCGCAUUACCAUAGCUACGGUGAUCCCGUUCUCCUCGCCCGCACAGGUCCCCCACACGCUGCUUGCAUACCUGAGCGACCAACUAAAUCGCGAAAUUGAGCUCGGUGAUACAUAUCCCAUGAUUGAACCGAUUCCCCUCGCGAAUUUUGGGCCCUAUUGGUUCAACAAUUUCGGCGCGGUGAUGCUGCUAGGUAGCAUUGACUCAGCGGAAGAGGUUGCACAGAUGGAGCGCGAAGGGAAAGAUUGGGAGCGGGAGUGUUUGGGGAGUUUCUACAUCAAACCGAAUUACCCCGGUCGCUCUAGCCAUGUAUGCAACGGAGGAUUUCUAGUCACCGAUGCAGCGCGCAAUCGAGGUGUAGGUAGAUUAAUGGGUGAAAGAUACGUAGACUGGGCUCCUAAGCUGGGUUAUUCUUACUCGGUGUUUAACCUUGUUUAUGAGACAAAUGUGGCAUCUUGUCGCAUCUGGGACGCCUUGGGAUUCAAGCGCAUUGGCCGGGUCAAGGGCUGCGGAAACCUUCGCUCGCACCCCUCACAACUCAUCGACGCAAUUAUUUUCGGCCGGGAUCUCGGUCCAGAGGGCGAGGAUUUUGUAUCAGAAGAACGGUUUGAUAAGAUUCGGUAUUACUUAAAGCAUGGCAAAUACCCAAAUGGUGCCGACCGCGCCGAGAAAAGCAGGCUGAGAAGCGCAGCGACUCAUUACAAAUUGAUGCCUCCUGUCAAUGGCGGAGAUGGGCCGGAGCGGCUCAUGCUCAAGGAUAAGGAGGUUGUUUCGGACCCUCAAAGGCAGUAUGAAAUUGCGCGCUCUGUACACGUUCAGCAGCAUGGAGGUAUCAACAAAACCACGGCAACUAUUGCAGAAAAAUAUCACUGGGUCCGUAUCAAGGAAACUGUCAGUCUUGUCAUUCGCAACUGUGCAGAUUGCAAAGAACUCGCCAAAGCGCCGAUUAUUGGCGGGCCCAAGCGGAACAGUACCGCUGUGUCUCCGGCUCCGACCGCAAACGUUGUUUCCGGUCCGCCAAACUCCACGCCGCACGUUUCCGCCGCGGGGCGGAUUCUCAGCCUCUCCAAUACAGGAUCGCCAUCCGCACGACCAACUUCGGUUCCUUCAAACGCCCAUACAGGCAUGUUGCAUCCCCACAGCGUAGCGCAUCAGUUGCAACAACAUGCGCAGCAUAUCCCGCAACCACAACACAAUGCAACACAUUUCAACCCUCAUCAACAACCGACGCCAUUACUACCAGACUUUCCUCUCGACCCCCAGAUUAUGGAAGAUGUGCAGCAUCAUCUCACAUCUUACUCGGCGUCACCACAUCCUUCCGAUCCCACCGGUCAUCCUGACACGGAUCUAGCUCUCAAGGCGUCCGCCACAGCCGCCGCUCGUGCGGCUAUCGGCCAUCUCCCGUCCGGUCAUGACCCGCACCAUACCCAUACCCAUCAUCAUGAUCCUGACGCGGACGCAGACGCCGAUGUGGACCCUGAUGCUGACGCGGACGUCGACGCAGAGGGCGAUCCCGAUGGUGACCAUGAAGAAGAGAGCGCUCGGGAAAGAGAUUUGAAGCACCAAUUGUUUGUGGCUGGGUUUGGAACUGAUGCCGAUGCAUAUGUCGGUUGA